UCCGAAGAGUCUGUCAGUAUUCAUCAGCUCGGAAGUGAACUGCAGAGCUCGCAAUUUCGUCCGGCCUCCGGCGCGUCGCCUGUCCGCAUCGGUGACCUCACCGCUGCUGUUGCCUGCCGUCCUUGGCUCCUCGCCUGCUUGGGUAUCAAGAGCGCCAGCACCAGCAUAAAGAGAGGUGCCAAGCCAAGGCGAAAGUGGAAUUGUGGGAAGAAGAGAAGAGGACGACACAGGAGGGGGAGGGACGAUGAGCAACAGCGGCGCCAACGCGAUCCCCCUCCUCACCCCCUACAAGAUGGGGAAAUUUGAUCUUUCCCACAGGGUGGUUCUCGCACCACUGACAAGGCAGCGGUCCUAUGGCAAUGUUCCUCAGCCUCAUGCCAUACUUUAUUAUCAACAGAGGACGACUAAAGGAGGCCUUUUGAUUGCUGAGGCCACUGGAGUGUCAGACACUGCUCAAGGGUACAAAGAUACUCCUGGCAUUUGGACAAACGAGCAAGUGGAAGCAUGGAAGCCAAUCGUACAUGGGGUUCAUGAGAAAGGAGGGAUAUUUUUCUGUCAGAUUUGGCACGUUGGAAGAGUAUCUAAUUCCACUUUUCAACCUAAUGAGCAGGCUCCAAUUUCAAGCACUGAUAAGCCACUAAAACCUCAAGUGAGAGCCAAUGGUGUAGAUGUGGCUACUUUCACACCUCCUAGACGAUUAGAGACUGAUGAAAUCCCUUCUAUCAUAAGUGAUUUCAGGGUUGCUGCUAGAAAUGCAAUUGAAGCUGGAUUUGAUGGUGUUGAAAUCCAUGGAGCUCACGGUUACUUGAUCGAUCAGUUUUUAAAGGACCAGGUCAAUGAUCGCACAGACAAAUAUGGUGGCAGCUUAGAGAACCGCUGCCGUUUUGCAUUAGAAGUAGUUCAAGCUGUAGUUGAUGAAAUUGGAGCUGACAAGGUUGGGAUAAGGCUGUCACCUUUUGCCAGUUACGCAGAAGCACCAGAUUCAAACCCAGAAGCUCUAGGCUUAUAUAUGGCAAAUGCUCUGAAUAAAUUUGGAAUCCUCUAUUGCCACGUGGUGGAGCCACGGAUGGUAAAACUUGGUGAAAAAAUUGAAACACCCUACAGUCUUCGUCCAAUGAGGGAUGCUUUCAAAGGAACAUUUAUUGUUGCUGGAGGCUACAACAGGGAGGAUGGAAAUAAUGCAAUCUCCACCAAGUAUGCUGAUUUGGUUGCCUAUGGGCGCAUAUUUUUGUCUAAUCCUGACUUGCCUAGAAGGUUCGAAAUAGAUGCUCCUCUUAACAAGUACAACAGAGACACAUUUUACAUCCCUGAUCCUGUUACUGGAUAUACUGACUACCCAUUUCUUCCAACAGAUGUGUAAAUGGGCCCUUCCAGCGAAAUUAUUUUUAGAUUGAUGAGUGGCUUGUUGUUGUACUGGGAAUAUAAGAGGAAUAAAUCGUUCAGAAUACCUAAUUUUCAUGUGUAUGGACAAAGCAAUGUGAUCAUUGCAAUCAAUAUUUUAAAAUAUUAUUUGUGAAAAGAAUGAAA